AAGGAGAGUAUUUAGCACUACAAAAAGAAGAAAGCUUCUUUAUAACUGACCUGUGCAAACUUGACAAUAAAGUGAAUGCGGAUAAACUUCUUCAACUUAAUGAUAUUGAUCAAAACGAAAGAAAACUAUAUCAUUGCAUAGUUCAAUCGC